AUGAAAAGUAUUCAAGAACUAUUAAAAGAAAUGCAAAAACAACAAGAAGAAAUUAAUUCGAGAAAGUCAAGAGAAACGCGAGAGAUAAAUGAUGAAGAAAGAAAAAAAAUGGAACAAGAACAGGAACAAAGGCGGAAAAUGAUGGAAUUAGAGGAAAGACAGAAAAGAAUGGCAAUGGAGAGAGAAAUGGAGAGUAGAAGGAUGAUGAUGGAAGAAGAGAUGAGAUGGAAGCACGCCGUAGAUAUGAAUAUGAGGAACAACGACGCAGAGAUGAAGAAGAGCGUCGUCGAAGAGAAGCAGAAGAAAUUAGAAAGGAGGAAGAAAGAAGAGAAUAUGAGGCUAGAAUUGAGGCAAUGA